CGACGCGGAGCCGCUAUGGAGGCCAAGUCGUUGCCCGCCGCGCUGGAGCUGGUGGCCGGCGGCGGUGCGGGGCUGAGCCCGGAGAAGCGGGCGGUGCUGGGGUCCUCGCUGCUGCUCCUCCAGCGCGACUACCGCUUCGAGCGGGUCUGGUUCUGGGGCUGCAUCCAGGGCGUGCGCGGCGCCUACUACAUCGCCGAGGGGCUGGGCCCCGACCUCGCCGCGCCCCGCAGCCGCCUCUACAGCUUGGACUGCGUGGAAUGGAGCCUCCUGCCACCAGCGACCAAGGAGAUGGUUGCGCAGGCUGAGCAGCUGAAGGGCCGCUUCCAGGGGGAUCCUUCUUUUGAGUAUGAGUACCCAAACGCAGAAGAUGCCGAAAGACUGACUGAAGAUGGUAAGGAGCCCAUAAUCAAGGAAGAGGCUCGCCUUGUAGCUACGAUAGAACAGAUAGACAGAGCAGUUGGUAUCAUCCCCCGGGGGGCAUUUGUGAAGACUCCUCUUGGGUCUGUGCAUGAAAACAGAAACUUUGAAGGUCUUUCUUUGACGGAGGCAAAAAAGUUAAGUUCCUAUUUCCAUUUUACUGAGCCUGUUAACCUGAAGAAUAAAACCCUGCUGGAAAAGGCUGACCUGGACCCAUCCACUGAUUUUCUAGACUCUCUGGAGCAUGAUAUCCCACAAGGUGUGAAGGUGCACGGGAAGUUCCUUUGAUCAGCAGAGUUAACUGCUGAUGAAUACUCCACAGAGAUUGAUAAACCUGUGACACUGGGUAAAUAUUCUGAGAAGAUCAUGGAUCAAUGUACUGUAUCGCCCCAGAGCAUAUAUAUAGGGAUUUAAUCAAACUGAACUUGAUUCACUCUACCUUCUCUGUGAAUUCGUCCAACAAAAAGAAGUCUGAAUCCAGAUACAGUUCCUGAGAGCAUUAAUACCCCUGCGUUUUCUCUCACCUUCCCCGCUUGUCAUGCUCCAGGCAUUUCUUUGUGUAUACAAAAGCUAUCACAUGUACCCAGGCUGCUGCGUGUGUCCAGUAUGUUGGGAUGUGUUAGCAAACUAGAUAAUCCCUAAAGGCUUUCACCACCCAGCAAGGCAAGGCACAGUCCUAUUCUUGGCAGACUUGCUUCUCAGAGGACUGGUCCUAAAUCAAAGACAAAGUUCCUCAGUCCAUUAUCUUUUUGUCAGAGAAACUCUUCCAAAAGCUUACAGUCCCCUCUGCAAACCAAUGUGUAAAGCUUCAGCAAGAACCACCAGUAUUUGGAUGAAGGACUUGCAGAUCAUUUCUGCAAGUUCAAGCUGCAAGAACCCUGCACUGAAAGCAAAGUCAGUUCAGUGUUCAAAGGAGAAAUAGGAAAAAAGUUAUUUGUCACAAUUAUAUUCAGACCUAUUUGCUUGCCACUUGUCGCUCAACACCCCUAGGCAUAGUCUAGCUACUGCCACUAGCAAAUGCUGAAAACUUGUAGAGGCAAAGUUCAAGAAACUGUUUGAAAGCUUGUCAGCAGAUGGCCGAGUGCAUCAGCCACUGCAUGAUAAGCCUUGUAGUAAAGUGUUCUUCAUCUGGGUUUCCAUGCUAUCCAAGUAGUGAAGUUUCUUAAGGACACAAAGAUUUUGUUGGAAACAUAGUCAACCAGUCAGAAUUUGUAAUCCCAGUGGCUGAACCAUAAUAUGUUUUUACUCUGGGUAUGACAAAUAUCCAGUCCAGUUUGUGUCUGCAUGAGUGGCGCUGGAAGGACUGCAUGGGAGACUGGGGUUGCCUUGUAUGUGAAACCACUGCUUGUGAAGACACUAGCUCAUGUUUUAAUUAGGACCUGUGCAAAGAAUGUCACAGUGCAAGGAAAUUGAAAAGAUGGUACACACCUGAACUCACCAUGCCCUAUGUUAAAUAGUGCUUUACUUUGCUGUGGUCCCAGCUGUUAGUCUGUAGUGGAAACAUGGAGCUGAGUGAGUCAGAAGUAAGCUUUCCAGUGCAGAAAUCUCCUGAGUCUUGAAAGGCUGUGAAUGUGUCUUUUGUACUUCUAUCCUGCAGCCAGAGUCAGUUUGUCAGGAAGUUCAGUGACUGUCAUGGAAGGUAGGCGUUCCGUGUUUGCACAUAACUGAAGAGGGUACUUUGAAAGCAGAUGAAAGAUGACGUAGGACUUAUGUUGUGCAUAUUAUGAUAUAACAAACCUGUGGAACCUGCUGCUGAAGGAGACAGGAAACAAUGGUGUCCAAGAAACCUUUGAAAAGUACAGAAAUACAGAGAGAAGAGAUAGGUAACAGGUGAGCAGCACAACUUGUGACACCUGGUUUUACAGGGCUUUGAAUUCUGUUGUUCCUUUCUGAUUCUGCAGCUACCAUAUACAUGUUCCUUUAACUUCCUUCCUCCCUUAAGCCCGCAACUACUGUAGUUUGCCAUGAAGUGUGUAUGAGACUAUAUCUACUGUGAGUGAGCGUGCAAGAGCCCAGAGCUACACAAACACUGAUUGCCCAGUGAGCUGCUGCCUCUCGACUGCCAGGCAAGCCAAACAGCCUGGGCUUCCUUGCAGCUGCUGGCAGGCCAAAUAGCUUCAGGAGCUGCAGUCAACCCUUAGGCCAUGUCCUGCGGAGAGCUGUUGUAGGAACUUGUGGUGUUAAAGCCCUUCAGCCCUUUGUUGGAUGUGACUAAAAUUGGCCAAGAGUCAGAAGUUAGUGGGAGGGGAAGGACUGGCAGCUGACAGCAAUCACAGAAGCCCUUCCCCAGGCUAACCAUGACAUGAAUAAGCAUGAGUCACAGCAUAAAUUGAUGAGCCUAAAAUUAUCUACAAGGAUAAAUACUGUCUAACUGGCCCUACACAUUAUAGGCUUUCUGCUUAUUCUGGAAUUGGCAGAUUUUGUCUGUGGGUGCAGAUAUCCUGACCGCUUGACUCCAGUCCAGUAGCCUGACAGCUCCAACUGCAUUUUUUUUUUUUUUUUUUUUUUUUUGGGGCCUGAUGCUUUUGCUUUUAGACAGAGAUUCAGCAGGAACCUUUUUACCUACAUUGUAGCCUCCAGGCAUUACUGAUUUGGCACUGAAGCUGGUAUUUUCUUCUCCUGGCAGCUCCUUGCUGCCCGGCAUUGAAUCCAAGCUGAUGCUCCAGCCCCCUCCCCUCCAGCAUUGUUCCCAGGCUGUCGUGUCAGAUGCAAACCAAAUAGUUAGUGGCCCAGAGCUCCUUGCAUCCAGGAGAAAUUGCAUUUUCACACUGGCUCUGAACCUCUUCUGCAGAGCCAAAGCAAAAUUAAUGCAGAAACUAGUCCCUUUGCCCCUACCACGCACAUCCUCUUCAAUGGUGGAGCCAAGAAAGACUGAAGAGAAUUAACCUUUUCUGUAAAUUUCUCUGAGAUAUGAAAUACCUCGCUUUCCACUUUCUCCUCAUCUCUUUGCCAGUCACUGCAUCAGGGAAACCAGUCUUCCCUGGAGCAGGAAAGCGCCUUCUUCCUCUUCCCACUACUAAUGCUACAAGUUUAUUUUAAGAAGAAAUUUCAUACCUAUGAACGAUUGCUAUAGCUAGUCUUGGCUCUCUAUAGCUGUUAGCUAGACCAAGUAGGUGGUAAGAGCUUGUUAGAGUAACUGCUGCCCACUCAGAAGCAGCCAAGAAUAGCUGCAGCCUCUCCUAGGGAUCAAGUAUGCAAGUCUGGAGCUCCGGGGGUCCCUUCCUGUGACGCAUAUGACAUUACUAUCAUAGCCAUGGGAAUAUGCUACUGUGUGAACAUAGACCCAGGCAUCUGGAAAUGAGGGCAGCCUGUAAUGCUGAACUGAUAAAAGAAAAAAGGGCAUGAAGGUUUCUGGUCUCCCCGACUUCCCUCUUUUCAGGCGUCACAAACUCCAGCGCAGCCUUGUGUGCUGUUAACUGGUCAGGCAGAACCCACUGCAGUCCUUCUCCCAGCUUAGGGACAGCUUGCUCCGGGAAUGCUGCCUCUCUCCUUUCCAGUGACUCAUGAGCACAUUCUCACACAGGCUCCUGGACUGUCCAGCUAGAGAAGGGAGGCACUGUGGUGGUGCUGCGGAGCCUGCUGUGGCUGGGACUGACCUUCUACCAUGUCCCCAUGACCAAGCAAUAUGGCUACAGCUAC